AUGAAGGAGGCCAGGAGCAAGACGCCCCGCGCGGUGCCGCCGCUGCUCGCCGAGGUGGAGGUCUCCAACCUGGCCGACUUCGACGUCACCCCAACACCGAGCCCGCACGCCCAGGACGCCACCACCCCGAGCCCGAGCCCGAGCCCGCGCCCGCCCAGGAUGCCGUCCCGCCCCGGGGUGCCGCCGCUGGACCGCGUGCCGCGCCGCAGCGAGGUGGUGCUGCCGCAGCUGGACUCGCCGUUCCAGGCGCCGGGCUACCGCUCCGUGCGGCCGGUCUCCAUCAGCCUCCCGGCGUCGCCCAGCGGCUUCGGCGUGAUGCCCGCCAUCCCCGGGAUGGCCAACGGCGGGGCCGCCGGCGACUCGGCGGACGGCCUCCGGAGGCAGGCCCUCCUGGCCAACGCCGCCGCGGAGUGCGAGCCGCAGCCGCAGACGCCGCCGCCGCCCGGGCGGGAGAACGGAGGGGGGAGCGUCCGGUUCACGCACCAGCCGGCGGACAAGGUGGUGUUCCGCUCGCAGCCCAUACCCGGUGGCCAGCCCCCGCGCGCCGGCAGCAGGGCGGCCAGAGCCGCCAGCAGGGUCAUCAGCCGGGACAAGAGCUAUGACUCCUUCAAGACCUUCUCCGGGAAGCUCGAGCGCCAGCUCACCCACCUGGCCGGCGCCCCGGAGGUCGACGAGGAGGAAGAAGAAGACGAGGUCGUCGCCACCACCAGCCGCACCACGUCCAUGCCAAAAGUUGAUCGCUUCUUCGCCGCCCUGGAAGGCCCCGAGCUCGACAAGCUCAAGUCGUCGGAGGAGCUGGUGCUGCCGUCGGACAAGGCGUGGCCGUUCCUGCUCCGGUUCCCGGUGUCGGCGUUCGGUAUGUGUCUGGGCGUGAGCAGCCAGGCGAUUCUGUGGAAGACGAUCGCGUUGUCGUCGCCGACCAUGUUCCUGCACGUGACCCGCAAGGUGAACCUGGUGCUCUGGUGCAUCUCCGUGGUGCUCAUGUGCGCCAUCACGUCCGUCUACGCGCUCAAGAUCGCCUUCUUCUUCGAGGCCGUGCGGCGCGAGUACUACCACCCCAUCCGGGUGAACUUCUUCUUCGCGCCGUGGAUCGCCUGCCUCUUCCUGGCCAUCGGCGUGCCGCAGUCCGUGGCCAGGGAGCCCCUGCCGCAGUGGCUCUGGUACGCGCUCAUGGCGCCCGUGCUCAUCCUGGAGCUCAAGAUCUACGGGCAGUGGAUGUCCGGCGGGCAGCGGCGCCUGUCCAAGGUGGCCAACCCGUCCAACCACCUGUCCGUGGUGGGCAACUUCGUGGGCGCGCUGCUGGGCGCCAACAUGGGGCUCAGGGAAGGGCCCGUCUUCUUCUUCUCCGUCGGGCUGGCGCACUACAGCGUGCUGUUCGUGACGCUGUACCAGCGGCUCCCCACGAACGAGACGCUGCCCAAGGAGCUCCACCCGGUGUUCUUCCUCUUCGUGGCGGCGCCCAGCGUGGCGAGCAUGGCGUUGGCCAAGAUCACGGGCGAGUUCGGGUACGGGCCCCGGGUGGCCUACUUCAUCGCCAUGUUCCUGUACGCGUCGCUGGCGGUGCGGAUCAACUUCUUUCAGGGGUUCCGCUUCUCGCUGGCGUGGUGGGCGUACACGUUCCCGAUGACCGGCGCCGCCAUCGCGUCCAUCCGCUACUCCACCGAGGUGGACAACGCCUUCACCAAGGCGCUCUGCGUGGCGCUGUCCGCGGUCGCCGUGCUCACGGUGACGGCGCUGUUCGUCACCACGCUGGUGCACGCCUUCGUGCUCCGGAAGCUCUUCCCCAACGACAUCUGCAUCGCCAUCACGGACCACAAGAUGAAGCCCAUCGUGGAGCUGCACGAGAGCCAGGGCGAGGACGGCAGCACCAACAGCAACGACAUCGAGGCCGGCGCCGGGGGCAAACAGUGA